AUGGAAGGACUUACGGAUCAGCUCAGAUAUUUGUACCUUUCAGGAAACGAGCUAGAGACAAUAGGUGAUGGCAUUUUAAAACGACUUAAUUAUCUCGAAAUAUGCAAUAUGGACUACAACAAGGUGACAUCUGUACCAGAUUUAACAGGUCCUGAAACUAUUUAUCGAUUAAAUCUACAACACAAUCGAAUCACAGAUUUAUCGAGGAUUGUCACAUCUGGAAUUGUAAAAGUGUAUGAAUUAUUGUUGGACAACAAUAAGAUCGAUCACCUUCCACCAAACAUGUUCCAGAAUACUCUCGUAUUUGGAAACAUUGAUUUGUCGUUCAACAAGUUGCAGUCAUUACCUGAUAACGUGUUUGCUAGACUCAAUCAAUUAAACAUUCUGAUGCUAACCUUCAACAGGAUCACUUACAUUAAUAAAAACACAUUCAGUGGACUUUCCGGUUUGACCACACUUUUACUUUCCAAGGUAUUUCUAACCAAUCUGAAUGCUUCGUUGUGGAGCGAAACAAAAGAGUCGCUGCUUCUUCACAGUAACCCAAUUAAAACUAUUGAAAGCAAGGCUUUUGACGGACUUGCACUGGAGCAGUUAACCAUCUUUGAUAAUCCUUUCAACUCGUUACCAGAUGGAAUUUUUGACAAAAUGACAAACCAUACCAAAGUGUCACUGACAUGUAAAACUCUUCGCCAGCUGCCUCAGGGAAAAUAUGUGUCACAAAUUGAGUGUGCUCCCUCGACAUCUCUGUAUCUCAUCUUGGACAACGACCUAAGUAACCUCAGAUCUGGCUUUUCGCACUCAGGUUUUGUGUGCCACGACUGUACAACCCAUAAAAAACAUAGUUUUACAACUAAGUGUAAUAACUGCAGUCUCUGUCCAGUUGGUACCUACAUGUAUACUGAUGAAAAUCGCUGUCUAGAGUGUCCUGCAGGUGGCUUUUAUCAGGAUGAAAUGGGACAAAUUGAAUAUAAGAGAUGCAGUAAUGGUACAUUUGUUUCGGAAGAGCAAAGUCCUGGAACCAAAGCUGCCGACUGCGUGGCCUGUCCAUAUGGUACGAUCUCCAACGAGACUGCUGAAUAUCGUGCAUGCAGAUGCCUACACAAAUUCUAUCGGUUGGAUCGUUUUGGCCCGUGCACAGCAUGUCCGCCAAACGGUUUUGUUUGUGAGAAAGAUACAGCAAUACUUGCUCCUAACUACUUCUGGAAAUGGACAGAACAGUCUGAAAAAGAACAUUUCAAGGAUUUUGUUAACAAUAUUCAUUCUUUUGGACCACACUACAUCAAGACAUAUUCCACGUUCGAUACCUCACUUCCGAAGCCACUGAAAUGUCCCCAUGCAAAGUCCUGCAAGGGUGGAAUUGAUUCAGAAUGUCAUCAAGGAUAUCAAGGGACUUUGUGUGCAACCUGCUCUGAAAGCUUCUAUUUUCGCUUCAACUCUUGUUUGAAAUGUCCCCGGUUAGCUGUAACAAUAACUUCAUCCAUCUUGGUAAUUGUUCUUUUUGUUGCUGUGUUUCUAAUGGUUCUUUGGGGUGACUCCAAACGUGCAGACAAUAACCGGACAGUUGCAGAUGUCAUCAUGUCGUGCUUUAAGAUUGUGAUUGGUUUUUACCAAGUCAUUGCCGGUAUUUUCUCGGCAUUGGCGAAAGUCCAAUGGCCAGUCGCUUUGAUCUCAACGGAGAAGGUUCUAAAAGUAUUUGAAGGGAACAUCUUGCAGUUUGCCCCUCUUAGUUGCAUUCAUACUUCUCUUCGGCUUGAUCAGCUUGGAAAGUUCACGAUGAUUGUUGUCAUGAAUGUCUCACUUGUUGGCCUGAUUUUCUUGUAUCUAUUUCUUAAAAAGCGCCACAUCGUGAAUAAGGAGGACCUUGGCGAAGACCAGAAAGUUAUGGAAGUUGAGAGUCUGAAGAAAUCUUGCUAUCGGAACAUUUUCCUAUUGUUGUUGACGACCUACCCCACGACAAGCAAAUCCAUCAUUCAGAUUCUUCCUCUUCCUGGUGCCUGUGUAGAAACUUGUUUCACUGACGACAAGAGCGACUGCAUCUUCCUGCUGAGAGCUGACCACUCCAUCCAGUGCUUUACUCCUCGCCACAAUUUGUACUGGCUCAUGGCGUCUAUUUUGGCAUUAUAUCCCGUGGGAUUUCCACUUUUGGUUCUGUUUCUCAGUUACAAGUAUCGCGAGUCCCAGGAAAACGAAGCAAUUUCUUUCGGACUCAGAGUGUUCUUUGAAAACUAUAAGAAGAAAUUUUGGUUUUGGGAAAUCACAGAGAUGUAUCGCAAGCUGAUUCUAAUCUCGUUGAUUUUUCUUUUUGGAUCAAAGAAUCUCUCUCAAAUCGGUCUUACAGUUCUGACAGUUAGUGUCUUUGGAGUUAUCUACACCUUAUUCCGACCAAUCAAGAAUAAGUUUGAAGACCGCUUGCAAACGUUUGUUCUUUGGAUCAUUUUCUUUGACGUUUGUCUUGGUGCAGUUUACACAAACUGGGAUGAGAGUCAAGGCGAGGGCAAGAACGACUCCAUCUUUGUAAACGUCCUGUUCGUGGUCCUCAACGCCUCUGUACUGUUGCUUGCCAUAGGAAAAGGAAUUCUACAUGUGAAGUCCAUUUGGAAGUACAUUACCUUCAACCCGAUCCGAUGUUUCAUUUUCCUUCGCCAAGGAGUAUCACAUCUCAAAAAUAGAAUAGUCAGAAGAACAGGAACAUUCGAUGAAUUUUCACACUUAAUUGAAGAAAGCAACUGAAGAACGUCUUUGAAAUGUUUGUCUUAAAACUAUUUUGCUAUACCUCAUGAAAUAUCUCGCUUUAUAUGGCUUAAACAUUUAGAACUUGCGUUGAAAUCUCCCUGGCUAUUGUGAGAAUUCUGGAUGACAUUUCAUUGCAACUA